AUGGAAGGUUUUCACCCAUCUAUGAAUAUGAGCAUGAACAUGAACAUGAACCCUUCUUUUUCAUACACUUUCCCUAUCACUGCUACCGCUUCUGGUGCUAUCACAAAUAUUACUACUACAACCACCACUUACAACACUACCAGUACUACUCCAUGGAUGAACAGCAGGAUAUGGAGUAAGCUUCCUCAAAGACUACUUGAUCGCAUCCUUGCUUUCCUUCCUCCACCUGCUUUCUUUCGUGCACGUGCUGUCUGCAAGAGAUUUUACUCUCUUCUCUUCUCCAACUCUUUUCUUGAACUAUACCUUCAAGUUUCACCUCGUUUCCACUGGUUCAUAUUCUUCAAACACAAAAUCAGGUCAAAAACCCACAUCUACAAAAACAACACCAUCACUGAUAAUAAUUCCUUUGAAGGCUACAUCUUUGAUCCUAAUGAAGUGACAUGGUACCGUAUUUCCUUUGCUUUAAUUCCUUCUGGUUUCUCACCAUCUUCUUCAUCCGCUGGUUUACUCUGUUGGGUUUCUGAUGAGUCCGGUCCAAAGACAAUGCUUCUCUCAAACCCGAUCCUCGGUUCCAUUACUCAGUUACCACCAACAUUAAGACCAAGACUCUUCCCUUCAAUAGGUUUAACCAUUACUCCAUCUUCCAUAGAUGUUACUGCUGCAGGUGAUGACAUGAUAUCACCUUAUGCAGUCAAAAACCUAUCAUCUGAAAGCUUUCAUAUCGAUGCAAGUGGGUUUUAUUCCAUUUGGGGAACAACCUCUUCAUUACCAAGACUCUGUAGUCUUGAAUCAGGUAGGAUGGUUUAUUCACAAGGGAAAUUUUACUGCAUGAACUGUAGUCCUUUCAGUGUUUUAGCUUAUGAUAUAGCUACAAACACUUGGUUCAAAAUCCAAGCUCCUAUGAGGAGGUUUUUAAGGUCACCUAACUUGGUUGAAUGCAAAGGAAAGUUGUUGCUUGUUGCUGCUGUUGAGAAGAGUAAGCUGAAUGUUCCAAAGAGUUUGAGGGUUUGGAGUUUGCAAGGCUGUGGAAGUGUGUGGGUGGAAACUGAGAGAAUGCCACAACAACUUUAUGUUCAGUUUGCUGAUAUGGAAAAUGGGAACGGAUUUGAGUGUGUUGGGAAUGGUGAGUUUAUUGUGAUAAUGAUAAAAGGAAGUGAUAAGGGUUUGGUGUAUGAUAUAGGAAGGAAGAGGUGGCAGUGGAUUCCACCAUGUCCUUAUGCUGGUUAUGAUGGGUUUGAGUUGCAUGGUUUUGCUUAUGAUCCUAGGUUGGCCACACCUGUUACUGCUCUACUUGAUCAGUUGGCAAUGCCUCUUCCGCAGUUUUAA